CAAAAACAGAAUCACUGCAUGAAGACAAAAGUAUAAGCAAAGUUUUACAGAGACGUUAUGGAGAUCUCUAACACACUGCUGUUGGCGGGCCUUGUCUUGCUGUUGGUGUUGGUGCUCAGGUGGAGGAGAAAUGCUUCUGGAGUUCGUUUGCCACCAGGGCCAUUUGCUCUUCCUCUUGUCGGCAAUUUACCUUGGAUGAACAAACACAAGCCCUUCCAAUCCUUCAUGAAGUGGAGUAGGGAAUAUGGACCAGUCUUGACUGUGUACAUGGGACCCCAAAGAGCAGUGGUUCUAGUGGGUUAUGAUACGGUCAAAGAGACUCUGGUGGACCAGGCUGAUGACUUCAUGGGCCGAUUCCAGCUCCCUUUGAUUCAGAGAAUAGUCAGAGGUUAUGGCUUGGCCAUCAGUAAUGGAGAACGCUGGAAACAAUUAAGGCGCUUCACACUCACCACACUCCGAGAUUUUGGGAUGGGACGCAAAAGGAUGGAGGCGUGGAUUCAGGAGGAGAGUAAACAUCUACUGGACAGCAUGAGUGAAAACAAAGCUGCUCCCUUUGAUCCCAUGGUCUUCCUAAGCCGAGCUGUGUCCAAUGUCAUCUGUGCUCUGGUGUUUGGUCAGCGUUUCAGUUACGAUAACCAUCAUUUCCUGGACCUGCUCCAAAUCAUUUCUGAAGUAUUACGCGUUGGAAGCACCCCCAGUGGACAGUUGUACAAUAUCUUCCCUCGACUGAUGGAAAUGCUGCCAGGGGGGCACCAAACCACCUUCAAAAACACGGAGAGACUACGCAGCUUCAUUAUGGAGAGGAUAGAAGAACACAAGGAAAACCUGAAUCCUGAGGACCCACGAGACUUCAUCGACUGUUUCCUCAUCAGACUGAACAAGGAAAAGGACAAUUCAAAUACAGAGUUUCACUAUGAUAAUUUGGUAGGUACCUGCCUCAACCUGUUCCUGGCUGGGACCGAGACCACUAGCACCACUAUCCGAUAUGCCCUAAUGCUACUUAUCAAAUACCCACACAUCCAAGAGCACAUGCAGAAGGAGAUUGACACUGUGAUUGGGCAAGAGCGUAGUCCCUUAAUGGAAGACAGGAAGUCCCUCCCCUUCAUUGACGCAGUGCUCCAUGAAGUGCAGCGUUACAUGGAUUUAGUGCCUCUCGGUGUUCCCCAUUAUGCCACUCACAACAUCUCCUUCAGGGGCUAUACUAUUUCCAAGGACACUGUGAUCAUUCCCAUGCUUCACUCUGUGCUGAGGGAUGAGAACCACUGGCAAAAACCAUGGAGUUUUAACCCUGAACACUUUUUGGACAAGAAUGGGAACUUUAAAAAGGACCCUGCUUUCCUCCCUUUCUCUGCAGGUAAACGAUCAUGUGUAGGUGAGUCUCUGGCUCGUAUGGAGUUCUUUCUUUUCAUGGUGUCUCUGCUACAACACUUUACCUUCACUUGUCCCGGGGGUCCUGAGAGUAUAGACGCCAGUCCCGCGGUCAGCAGCUUUGCCAAAUUGCCCCGCAGAUAUGAGCUCAUCGCCACCCCCCGCUGAUCAACUGUGGUACUGCCAGCUAAAUCCAUGGAUUAACCACACAGCAAUUACUCAUGAUUUAAACAGACAUGACUGACAUUUAUUGAUGGAAUACAAUGAUUUCUGUUAAAACUGAAACAUUAAUCCUUAUAUACUAAUGUGCUGUUAACCAGGAGUUUGGAGUGUGAUUUAACUCUGUUUAACACUGUUUCUGCAUUUUAAUAGUUUUUAACAUGUCUGGGGUUUAAAAUCGAUGGCAGUGUUUUUAUCAUAGGGUGUCUGUGAGGAAUUGACUGCUAAAAAGGAGGUUGGUAUAUCCCACGAGUUGGGAACUCUUGCUUUAAACUGUAUACUGUUAACUCUUUGAUCUUGGACAUGCUCCUGCUUAUCCAAAGAAAGCUAAAGAAAUGUCAUACGUCGAUAAAGAAUGUAUGUAGCCGGUCAAGCAAACCAUUAGUGCAAAAGGAAAUCUCCAAAACCUUUUAAUCAUGAGUGGUAACAUAGAAUCUCCACACACCUGUGAGUGUGUGAGUGUGCGCAUGGCAUUGGCAGAACGAGGUUGCACGGUGCUGAUGUUCAGCGCUGACCUUCCCUACUCAGGCCUGUAAUACGAUGAGAGAAAGAGAACAUCAGUCAUGCCAAGUGUCAGCCCAGAGAGGAUCACUGUGUCCUCCACAAAUAUCAGUGUCUUUGUACAGCAGGACUCAAGCAUCUCUUCAUCUAACUCAACAGUGUAGGCCAUUCACAAAUGGCAAAACCUGACAUCGCUGAAGAAAUAGUGAGCAAGGAAAAGCGUCAAUCAUGAAAGUAAUCAAAUAGAGUCAAAUGCUGUGCCUCAGUUUCUCCUUUAAUCCUGUCUGUGAGUCCUGCCUGGUGUCUUCCUAUCAACCCUGGAGUUUUUCACUUCCUGUCUUGGCCUUUGUUUACUGCCUGUCAAUAAAUUCCCUGAUGUUGCACAUGCA